AUGCAUCUCACCCUACAAACCCUAACUCUCCUGGGAAGCCUCAGCUUCACCCUGGCCGAAAAGAGCCUCGACUUGGGAUAUUUGAAAUGCGCUUCCGCCAUCGCGCAAUCAACCGAGUUCCCCUCAUGCAAGUCAAGCUACAAACUCGACUGUUUCUGCGAGGCCCUGAAGGUCGGCCAUGGCUCUACAGCCCGCUUACAGAUUACCCAAGGAGCUGAAGACGUUUGUGCGGAGAAUGGCGUCCCGAGGGAGGAAAUAACUAAAUACCUCUGCGACGACACCGCUGUCCCAGCUUCUCCGAGACGAGGGAGCACGCCUAUGGUGAGACUAUCGGGACAGCAAGAAGAGGGACAAGAACAAGAACAACAGAAACCUAAUGUUGAAAAUCCUGAAGAUUCGGAUAAAGAACACGGGGGGUGUGAUGAACCAGAAACCACACCCUCAAAACGCGCCAUACAGCCUGAUUCAGCAAGGCUACUUAUUCCCCAGAACGACCCUGAACCAGAUACAAAGUCUGAUGAAGAUAACUCGGAGCCCGACGAUGAGGACAAAGACAAGGGCGAUGAUAAAGAUGGUGAAGAACGGAAUGCAGCCACCAACGACGAGGUCGACACCAAUGCAGCCGUCGCCGUCGUGACAGUCAUAGAGACCGUAUGCGCGUGUGACGAAGAGGCUACUGCUGCACCCGACUCUGAGCACUCGCCUGAGACCUCGGCAGUGGGCGAAGCCGAGACACCGGAGCCGACGUCUGGUGCUAUGCAUGAGACGGAGGGUGUGGAGUCCUCUGCGGCCGAGACUACUGGAGAUGCUGUGUCAACUGUGCGCGCUGCGUCUUCGAAUGAUGCUGGAGCCACGCCUGUCCCUACGGGAGUGGACGGGGAGAGGCAGAAUGGGCCGAAUGAAAGCGAUAGUGCUCGUCCUAGCGGGGAAACGUAUGAAGGUGGUGCGAUGGUGAAUGGCGUUUCGAAGGGUGUGAUGAUUGUUGGUGUCUUGGGUGUUGUUGGUGGGUUGGUUUUGUUGUAA